CACGGCGAGGGAUGCGGCGAUGCCGGAUACCGACGGAUUUUAAUAGGUAGCCACGCUCUGUGUUUUGGCAUGGCAUGGUUUAAUUAAAGCCUAAAUAAUUGGUGCUGCAUUUCAGCAUCUUCACCACCGCAACAACUCUCCUCUCAAACGCAGCCGUUUAAUUAUCGCUGAGCAAGGUCGACGACCCCACAGCUUCCGCUUCUCAAAAUGCACAUCACCGUCGCUCCCGCCUCUCCCAAGACGGGCCAGGCCGCUAUCCGAGCUCUGCUCCGUGACCCCUCCAACCCGACCGUCAGGGGCUACUAUCGCGACAUCAACAGAGUGCCCGCCGAGUUCAAGGACGACCCGCGUUUCGAGGCCGUCCAGGGCGACGUGGAGAACGCCGGGACGCUGGACUUCUCGGGCUCCGACGCCGUGCUCAACAUCACCCCACCCGUGUACCAGGACAUCGACAGCGUCGCGCAUGCCCACCUGGUGUCGGAGAACGUCAAGGCGGCGGUCAAGAGGGCCGGGUCCGUCAAGCGGCUCGUCCUGCUUUCCAGCAUCGGCGCGCAGUAUGAUCACGGAACGGGCGAGAUCUUGACCAACCACGAGGCCGAGGUCGUGCUCAGGGACGCGGCGCCAGAGGUCGUCGUAGUGCGAGCCUCGUACUUUAUGGAGAACUGGGCCUCGAGCCUGGAGACGCUCCCAUCCGGCUUCUUCUUCACCACCGUCACCCCGGUGGACCGUCCCCUCAACAUGAUCGCAGUGCGGGAUAUCGGCGCGACCUUGGCGGGCGAGCUCCUGGCCACGGGCGGCGCGCUGCCGUCCAACCCGCACGUCUUUGAGCUGCGCGGGCCGCGCGAUUACUCGUCGCUCGACGUGCAGAAGGCGUUCGAGGAGGUGACGGGUCGGAGCAUCGAGCUGCGGGCGGUAGGACGGGACGAGCUGGCCGGCUUCUACGCCGCCGUCUUCCCGCCCUCGGUGGCCGCGCGGUUUACGGCCAUGACCGAGAGCUUCCUCGAGGGCGGCGUCCUGUAUGAGGAUCCCCGGCCGACGCGGGAGAAGAAGUACGGGACGACGGAGCUGGCCGAGGUCCUGAGGGAGUUGCUCAACGAAGCCUGAGUUGAGCGAGUGAGUGGGCUCGAAUCUGGCUUAAAUAAAUAGUAAUUAUUAGUGGUUAUGUGAACUUUGCUAUAAUUAAUUGUGUUUC